AUGAUAAUAUGGAGGAGCUUCCUGCCUUGCUCACGACUCAACGUGUCAGUACAGCUGUCCCUUCUCCACCUCCGAAUCAGGUGGGUGAUAACGACGAAGGGUAUUCCUGGGAUAAUAUCGACGACGGAUCAAUAUUGGUUUUGUAAGAAGCCAUCUCAGCACAGGUUAUAUGAACUUACAUGUAGCCACAGCGACGAUCCAAUUAUUGCUCGAAAGCCCAUUCGCCAAGUCUUUGCCAAGUCAGCGUCACCUUCUGCAACUCGGAGGGUGCCAGUAGCGACGGCUCGAUCCAUCAUUCAGAGCUCGGACUCAGACGAUAGUCACUCAGCUCACCUUCACAAACCAUCACACGGGAGUCCCGCCAAAUCAAAGCCGUCUUCCAAGAAACCUCCAAGAUCAGCGGCUCGGCGCGUCAUCCUCAGCUCCGAUUCUGAAGACCACUCAUUUUACUACUCUCCUACACCAUUGGCCACAAAGACGAAUGUUGUUCCUCAGAUCGAACCUCCCAAGAUACCGCGGAGAGGCAAGAAGGCUCUGGCAGCCGCAGAACAAGCCCGACGGGAAAGUUAUGCAACCCAGUUAUUCAAUGAUCUCAACCAAACUGUCUUUUCCGGAGGUCUUCCAAGCAAAACCAAGCUGGUAUGGAGUAAACGACUGCUUACUACAGCAGGUCGAGCGAAGUGGCAUAGGUCAAGAGAUGGUGUGGAGACAAGUGAAAUAGAGCUCGCCAGCAAGAUCCUUGACUCGGACGAGAGGAUCAGGAACACACUAUCGCACGAGAUGUGUCAUCUUGCUUGUUGGGUCAUCAACAACAAUAUUCGCGAGGGCCAUGGGAAGGAGUUCAAAGCAUGGGCGGCUAAAGUCACGAAGACUCGCUCUGAUAUUCGGAUUUCAACACGACACACUUACGAAAUCGCAUAUGCAUAUGAAUGGAAGUGCGAAAAAUGUGACAAAAUAUACGGCAGGCACAGUAAAUCAAUCAGACCGGAUGAAUGCGUUUGCGGGGCUUGUAAGGAAGGGAGGCUCAUUCCACUGUUCACCCAAAGAACUCCGAAAGUAUCGAAGGCGAGUAAGCUUGUUGCGACGAUACCGCAAGGUACUAGGCCGCUGGCUUCUAUAAUAUGGUACCUUCGUCGCGGUAUUCUGAUCCGAUGUUCCAGCCAGUCCAAAGCUUCUUUCUCGCUCAGUCAGAGGCGGUGA